GGGGUGGGGGCGGGCCCAGGCUUCUCCAGCUGACAGUGUCCGCCUGUCCUUUUGUCCCCGUCCAGUUUGAGGAGCGGCUGGAGUGUGGGCUGCUGGUAGGCAGCCUGCUGGUCCUGGGCCCUCGGAGGGAGGUGAGACCCGACAGCCCCUGCCUCCCAGCCUGCGUGCUGCCCAGAGCCCCCAUAGAGAGAGGUCCCCGCCGCCACCCUCAUGGAUCAGCCACAGUUCAGCGGGGCACCCCGCUUUCUCACCCGGCCCAAGGCCUUCGUGGUGUCGGUGGGCAAGGACGCCACCCUCAGCUGCCAGAUCGUGGGUAAUCCCACGCCACAGGUGAGCUGGGAGAAGGACCAGCAGCCGGUGGCGGCCGGCGCGCGCUUCCGUCUGGCCCAGGACGGCGACCUCUACCGCCUCACUAUCCUGGACCUGGCGCUGGGCGACAGUGGACAAUACGUGUGCCGCGCGCGCAAUGCCAUAGGCGAGGCCUUCGCUGCCGUGGGCCUGCAGGUGGACGCGGAGGCCGCGUGCGCCGAGCAGGCGCCGCACUUCCUGCUGCGGCCCACGUCCAUCCGCGUGCGCGAGGGCUCAGAGGCCACCUUCCGCUGCCGCGUGGGUGGCUCCCCGAGGCCGGCAGUGAGCUGGUCCAAGGACGGGCGGCGCCUGGGUGAGCCCGACGGCCCCCGCGUGCGCGUGGAGGAGCUCGGCGAGGCGAGUGCGCUGCGCAUUCGGGCGGCGCGGCCGCGCGACGGCGGCACUUACGAGGUCCGCGCCGAGAACCCGCUGGGCGCUGCCAGCGCCGCCGCGGCGCUAGUGGUGGACUCGGACGCCGCGGACACGGCCAGCCGGCCCGGGACCUCCACGGCCGCGCUCCUGGCGCACCUGCAGCGGCGGCGCGAGGCUAUGCGCGCCGAGGGCGCCCCCGCCUCACCGCCCAGCACCGGCACGCGCACCUGCACGGUGACUGAAGGCAAGCACGCGCGCCUCAGCUGCUACGUGACCGGCGAGCCCAAGCCCGAGACGGUGUGGAAGAAGGACGGCCAGCUGGUGACCGAGGGCCGGCGCCACGUGGUGUACGAGGACGCGCAGGAGAACUUCGUGCUCAAGAUCCUCUUCUGCAAGCAGUCGGACCGCGGCCUCUACACCUGCACAGCGUCCAACCUCGUGGGCCAGACCUACAGCUCUGUGCUGGUCAUAGUGCGCGAGCCCGCGGUUCCCUUCAAAAAGCGGCUGCAAGAUCUGGAGGUGCGGGAGAAGGAGUCGGCCACGUUCCUGUGCGAGGUGCCCCAGCCGUCCACUGAGGCCGCGUGGUUCAAGGAGGAGACGCGGUUGUGGGCGAGCGCCAAGUACGGCAUCGAGGAGGAGGGCACCGAGCGCCGCCUGACCGUGCGCAAUGUCUCGGCCGACGACGACGCGGUGUACAUCUGCGAGACGCCAGAGGGCAGCCGCACGGUGGCGGAGCUCGCAGUCCAAGGAAACCUCCUCCGAAAGCUCCCUCGGAAGACGGCGGUGCGCGUGGGCGACACGGCUAUGUUUUGCGUGGAGCUGGCGGUCCCGGUGGGCCCCGUCCACUGGCUGCGGAACCAGGAGGAAGUGGUGGCCGGGGGCCGCGUGGCCAUCUCCGCGGAGGGCACGCGCCACACACUGACCAUCUCCCAGUGCUGCCUGGAGGAUGUGGGCCAGGUGGCCUUUAUGGCUGGCGACUGCCGGACGUCCACCCAGUUCUGCGUGUCGGCCCUCAGGAAGCCUCCCCUGCAACCCCCUGUGGAUCCUGUGGUAAAGGCCAGGACGGAGAGUUCCGUGAUUCUCAGCUGGUCCCCGCCACCCCAUGGGGAACGCCCUGUCACUAUCGACGGCUACCUGGUAGAGAAGAAGAAGCUUGGCACCUACACCUGGAUCAGGUGCCACGAGGCUGAAUGGGUGGCUACACCUGAGCUGACCGUGGCUGAUGUGGUGGAGGAGGGGAACUUCCAGUUCCGAGUGUCAGCUCUCAACAGCUUUGGUCAGAGUCCCUACCUCGAGUUCCCGGGGACUGUCCACCUGGCCCCCAAGCUGGCCGUGAGGACACCGCUGAAGGCGGUGCAGGCGGUAGAGGGUGGCGAGGUCACUUUCUCCGUGGACCUCACGGUGGCCUCAGCGGGUGAGUGGUUCCUGGAUGGGCAGGCCCUGAAGGCCAGCAGUGUGUAUGAGAUCCACUGUGAUCGCACCCGGCACACGCUCACCAUCCGGGAGGUGCCCGCCAGCCUGCACGGGGUGCAGCUGAAGUUUGUGGCCAACGGCAUUGAGAGCAGCAUCCGGAUGGAGGUCCAGGCGGCCCCAGAGCUGACUGCCAACAAGCCGCCAGCCGCAGCUGCCCGGGAGGUGCUGGCUCGGCUGCACGAGGAGGCGCAGCUGCUGGCUGAGCUGUCAGAUCAGGCUGCGGCUGUGACGUGGCUGAAGGAUGGUCGCACACUGUCCCCAGGCCCCAAGUAUGAGGUGCAGGCAUCGGCCGGGCGGCGGGUGCUCCUUGUGCGAGAUGUGGCCCGGGACGAUGCAGGCCUCUACGAGUGCGUCAGCCACGGGGGCCGCAUCGCCUACCAGCUGUCCGUGCAAGGCCUCGCGUGCUUUCUGCAUAAGGACGUGGCGGGCAGCUGUGUGGAUGCCGUGGCUGGGGGCCCGGCGCAGUUUGAGUGUGAGACCUCCGAAGCCCACGUCCACGUGCACUGGUACAAGGAUGGCAUGGAGCUGGGCCACUCCGGUGAGCGCUUCUUGCAGGAGGAUGUGGGGACGCGGCACCGGCUGGUGGCAGCCACAGUCACCAGGCAGGAUGAGGGCACCUACUCCUGCCGUGUGGGCGAGGACUCUGUGGACUUCCGGCUCCGCGUCUCUGAGCCCAAGGCGGUGUUUGCCAAGGAGCAGCCGGCGCGCAGGGAGGUGCAGGCUGAGGCGGGGGCCAGCGCCACGCUGAGCUGUGAGGUGGCCCAGGACCAGAUGGAGGUGACGUGGUACAAGGACGGGAAGAAGUUGAGCUCCAGCUCGAAAGUGCACGUGGAGGCUGUGGGCUGUAUGCGGAGGCUGGUGGUGCAGCAGGCGGGCCAGGCAGACUCCGGAGAGUACAGCUGUGAGGCCAGGGGACAGAGGGUCUCCUUCCGCCUGGACGUUGCAGAGCCCAAGGUGGUGUUUGCUAAGGAGCAGCUGGCGUGCAGGAAGCUGCAGGCAGAGGCAGGAGCCAGUGCCACACUGAGCUGCGAGGUGGCCCAGGCCCAGACGGAGGUGACGUGGUACAAGGAUGGGAAGAAGCUGAGCUCCAGCUCGAAAGUGUGCAUGGAGGCCACAGGCUGCACGCGCAGGCUGGUUGUGCAGCAGGCAGGCCAGGCGGAUGCCGGGGAGUAUAGCUGCGAGGCUGGGGGCCAGCGGCUCUCCUUCCAUCUGGACGUCAAAGAGCCCAAGGUGGUGUUUGCCAAGGACCAGGUGGCACACAGUGAGGUGCAGGCUGAGGCAGGGGCCAGUGCCACGCUGAGCUGCGAGGUGGCCCAGGCCCAGACGGAGGUGAUGUGGUACAAAGAUGGGAAGAAGCUGAGCUCCAGCUUGAAAGUGCAUGUGGAGGCCAAGGGCUGCAGACGGAGGCUGGUGGUGCAGCAGACAGGCAAGACGGAUGCCGGGGACUACAGCUGCGAGGCCAGGGGCCAGAGGGUCUCCUUCCGCCUGCACAUCACAGAGCCCAAGGGGGUGUUUGCGAAGGAGCAGUCAGUGCAUAAUGAGGUGCAGGCUGAGGGGGGGACCACUGCCAUGCUGAGCUGUGAGGUGGCCCAGCCCCAGACGGAGGUGACGUGGUACAAGGACGGGAAGAAGCUGAGCUCCAGCUCAAAAGUACGCAUGGAGGUCAAGGGCUGCACACGGAGGCUGGUAGUGCAGCAGGUGGGCAAAGCAGAUGCUGGGGAGUACAGCUGCGAGGCUGUGGGCCAGAGAGUCUCCUUUCAACUGCACAUCACAGAGCCCAAGGCAGUGUUUGCCAAGGAGCAAUUGGUGCAUAAUGAGGUGCGGACUGAAGCAGGGGCCAGCGCCACACUGAGCUGUGAGGUGGCCCAGGCCCAGACAGAGGUGAUGUGGUACAAGGAUGGGAAGAAGCUGAGCUCCAGUUCGAAAGUGCGCGUAGAGGCCGCAGGCUGCAUGCGGCAGCUGGUGGUGCAGCAGGCAGGCCAGGCAGAUGCUGGGGAGUACACCUGUGAGGCCAGGGGCCAGCGGCUCUCCUUCCACCUGGAUGUUUCAGAGCCCAAGGCGGUGUUUGCAAAGGAGCAGCUGGCGCACAGGAAGGUGCAGGCCGAGGCGGGGGCCAUUGCCACGCUAAGCUGCGAGGUGGCCCAGGCGCAGACAGAGGUGACGUGGUACAAGGACGGGAAGAAGCUGAGCUCCAGCUCGAAAGUUCGAAUGGAGGCUGUGGGCUGCACACGGAGGCUGGUGGUGCAGCAGGCGUGCCAGGCGGACACCGGGGAGUAUAGCUGCGAGGCCGGGGGCCAGCGGCUCUCCUUCAGCCUCGACGUGGCAGAGCCCAAGGCGGUGUUUGCCAAGGAGCAGCCGGUGCACAGGGAGGUGCAGGCCCAGGUGGGGGCCAGCGCCACACUCAGCUGCGAGGUGGCUCAGGCCCAGACAGAGGUGAUGUGGUACAAGGACGGGAAGAAGCUGAGCUCCAGCUCGAAAGUGCGCGUGGAGGCUGUGGGCUGCACACGGAGGCUGGUGGUGCAGCAGGCGGGCCAGGCGGACGCCGGGGAGUACAGCUGCGAGGUGGGGAGCCAGCGGCUCUCCUUCCACCUGCACGUGGCAGAGCCCAAGGCAGUGUUUGCUAAGGAGCAGCCGGCACACAGGGAGGUGCAGGCUGAAGCAGGGGCUAGCGCCACACUGAGCUGUGAGGUGGCCCAGGCCCAGACAGAGGUGACUUGGUACAAGGACGGGAAGAAGCUGAGCUCCAGCUCGAAAGUGCAUGUGGAGGCUGCAUGCUGUACACGGAGGCUGGUGGUGCAGCAGGCAGGCCAGGCAGACGCCGGAGAGUAUAGCUGUGAGGCUGGGGGCCAGCAGCUCUCCUUCCGCCUGCACGUGGCAGAGCCCAAGGCGGUGUUUGCCAAGGAGCAGCCAGCGAGCAGGGAGGUGCAGGCCGAGGCGGGGACCAGUGCCACGCUGAGCUGCGAGGUGGCCCAGGCCCAGACAGAGGUGACGUGGUACAAGGACGGGAAGAAACUGAGCUCCAGCUCGAAAGUGCGAAUGGAGGCCGUGGGCUGCACACGGAGGCUGGUGGUGCAGGAGGCAGGCCAGGCGGACGCCGGGGAGUACAGCUGCGAGGCCGGGGAUCAGCGGCUGUCCUUCCACCUGCACGUGGCAGAGCCCAAGGUGGUGUUUGCCAAGGAGCAGCCAGCGCACAGGGAGCUGCAGGCCGAGGCGGGGGCCAGUGCCACGCUGAGCUGCGAGGUGGCCCAGGCCCAGACAGAGGUGACGUGGUACAAGGACGGGAAGAAGCUGAACUCCAGCUCGAAAGUGCGCGUGGAGGCCGUGGGCUGCACACGGAGGCUGGUGGUGCAGCAGGCGGGCCAGGCAGAGGCUGGGGAGUACAGCUGCGAGGCAGGGGGUCAGCAGCUCUCCUUCCGCCUGCAGGUGGCAGAGCCCAAGGCGGUGUUUGCCGAGGAUCAGCCGGCGCACAGGGAGGUGCAGGCUGAGGCAGGGACCAGCACCACGCUGAGCUGCGAGGUGGCCCAAGCCCAGACGGAGGUUAUGUGGUACAAGGACGGGAAGAAGCUGAGCUCCAGCUCGAAAAUGCGUGUGGAGGCCGUGGGCUGCACACGGAGGCUGGUGGUGCAGGAGACAGGCCAGGCGGAUGCCGGGGAGUACAGCUGCGAGGCUGGGGGCCAGCGGCUCUCCUUCCACCUGCAUGUGGCUGAGCCCAAGGUGGUGUUUGCCAAGGAGCAGCCGGCAUGCAGGGAGGUGCAGGCGGAGGCGGGGGCCAGUGCCACGCUGAGCUGUGAGGUGGCCCAGGGCCAGAUGGAGGUGACAUGGUACAAGGACAGGAAGAAGCUGAGCUCCAGCUCGAAAGUGCGCAUGGAGGCCAACGGCUGCACACGGAGGCUGGUAGUGCAGCAGGCGGGCCAGGCGGAUGCUGGGGAGUACAGCUGUGAGGCGGGGGGCCAACAGCUGUCCUUCCGUCUGCACGUGGCAGAGCCGGAGCCCCAAAUUUCAGAGAGACCCUGCCGCAGGGAGCCUCUGGUGGUCAAGGAGCAUGAAGACAUCAUCCUGACCGCCACACUGGCCACACCCUCUGCGGCCACGGUGACCUGGCUCAAGGAUGGUGUGGAGAUUCGCCGCAGCAAGCGGCAUGAGACAGCCAGCCAGGGGGACACCCACACCCUGACCGUGCAUGGCGCCCAGGUUCUGGACAGCGCCAUCUACAGCUGCCGUGUGGGCGCAGAGGGGCAGGACUUCCCAGUGCAGGUGGAAGGUGAGCCGGGCAUGGGGCGUGGGGCAGGGACUCCUCCAGACACCUCUGUCCCAGAGCUGGACAGGGGUGAAGCUGGGGCUCAAGUCUGGUCUGUUAAGAGCCCGGCUGAUGUCCCCUUUGUGCCCACAGAGGUGGCCGCCAAGUUCUGCCGGCUGCUGGAGCCUGUGUGCGGCGAGCUGGGUGGCACGGUGACACUGGCCUGCGAGCUAAGCCCAGCGUGUGCAGAGGUGGUGUGGCGCUGCGGCAACACGCAGCUUCGGGUGGGCAAGCGCUUCCAGAUGGUGGCCGAGGGGCCCGUGCGCUCACUCACUGUGUCGGGGCUGCGCACAGAGGACGCAGGGGAGUACGUGUGUGAGAGCCGUGAUGACCACACCAGUGCGCAGCUCACCGUCAGUGUGCCCCGAGUGGUGAAGUUUAUGUCUGGGCUGAGCACCGUGGUCGCAGAGGAGGGCGGCGAGGCCACCUUCCAGUGUGUGGUGUCCCCCAGUGAUGUGGCAGUCGUGUGGUUCCGGGACGGUGCCCUGCUUCAGCCCAGCGAGAAGUUUGCCAUAUCACAGAGUGGCGCCAGCCACAGCCUGACCAUCUCAGACCUGGUGCUGGAGGACGCGGGCCAGAUCACCGUGGAGGCUGAGGGCGCCUCAUCCUCUGCUGCCCUGAGGGUCCGAGAGGCGCCUGUGCUGUUCAAAAAGAAGCUGGAGCCGCAGACGGUGGAGGAGCGGAGCUCGGUGACCCUGGAGGUGGAGCUGACGCGGCCGUGGCCGGAGCUGAGGUGGACACGGAACGCGACGGCCCUGGCGCCGGGAAAGAACGUGGAGAUCCACGCCGAGGGCGCCCGCCACCGCCUGGUUCUGCACAACGUAGGUUUUGCCGACCGUGGCUUCUUUGGCUGCGAGACGCCGGAUGACAAGACACAGGCCAAACUCACCGUGGAGAUGCGCCAGGUACGGCUUGUACGGGGCCUGCAGGCAGUGGAGGCACGGGAGCAGGGCACGGCUACCAUGGAGGUGCAGCUGUCGCAUGCGGACGUGGAGGGCAGCUGGACUCGUGACGGUCUGCGGCUCCAGCAGGGGCCCACGUGCCACCUGGCUGUGCGGGGCCCCAUACACACCCUCACACUCUCGGGGCUGCGGCCAGAGGACAGUGGCCUUAUGGUCUUCAAGGCCGAAGGAGUGCACACGUCGGCGCGGCUCGUGGUCACCGAGCUGCCCGUGAGCUUCAGCCGCCCGCUGCAGGACGUGGUGACCACUGAGAAGGAGAAGGUUACCCUGGAGUGCGAGCUGUCGCGUCCUAAUGUGGAUGUGCACUGGCUGAAGGACGGUGUGGAGCUGCGGGCAGGCAAGACGAUGGCCAUUGCAGCCCAGGGCGCCUGCAGGAGCCUCACCAUUUACCGGUGCGAGUUCGCGGAUCAGGGAGUGUAUGUGUGUGAUGCCCAUGAUGCCCAGAGCUCUGCCUCCGUGAAGGUACAAGGCCGCAACAUCCAGAUCGUGAGGCCCCUGGAGGAUGUGGAAGUGAUGGAGAAGGACGGUGCCACCUUCUCCUGUGAGGUCUCCCACGACGAAGUGCCUGGCCAGUGGUUCUGGGAGGGCAGUAAACUGCGGCCCACUGACAACGUGCGCAUCCGCCAGGAAGGAAGGACAUACACUCUCAUCUACCGGAGAGUCCUGGCGGAAGAUGCAGGAGAGAUCCAAUUUGUAGCCGAAAAUGCAGAAUCGCGAGCCCAGCUCCGAGUGAAGGAGCUGCCAGUGACUCUCGUGCGCCCGCUGCGGGACAAGAUUGCCAUGGAGAAGCACCGCGGUGUGCUGGAGUGUCAGGUGUCCCGGGCCAGCGCCCAGGUGCGGUGGUUCAAGGGCAGUCAGGAGCUGCAGCCCGGGCCCAAGUACGAGCUGGUCAGUGAUGGCCUCUACCGCAAGCUGAUCAUCAGUGAUGUCCACGCAGAGGACGAGGACACCUACACCUGUGAUGCUGGUGAUGUCAAGACCAGUGCACAGUUCUUUGUGGAAGAGCAAUCCAUCACCAUUGUGCGGGGUCUGCAGGACGUGACAGUGAUGGAGCCCGCUCCUGCCUGGUUUGAGUGUGAGACCUCCAUCCCCUCAGUGCGGCCACCUAAGUGGCUCCUGGGGAAGACGGUGUUGCAGGCUGGGGGGAACGUGGGCCUGGAGCAGGAGGGCACGGUGCACCGGCUGAUGCUGCGGCGGACCUGCUCCACCAUGACCGGGCCCGUGCACUUCACCAUUGGCAAGUCUCGCUCCUCUGCCCGCCUGGUGGUCUCAGACAUCCCCGUAGUCCUCACACGGCCGUUGGAGCCCAAGACAGGGCGUGAGCUGCAGUCAGUGGUCCUGUCCUGCGACUUCCGGCCAGCCCCCAAGGCUGUGCAGUGGUACAAGGAUGACACGCCCCUGUCUCCCUCUGAGAAGUUUAAGAUGAGCCUGGAGGGUCAGAUGGCUGAGCUGCGCAUCCUCCGGCUCAUGCCUGCCGAUGCUGGUGUCUACCGGUGCCAGGCGGGCAGCGCCCACAGCAGCACUGAGGUCACUGUGGAAGCGCGGGAGGUGACAGUGACAGGGCCGCUGCAGGAUGCAGAGGCCACGGAGGAGGGCUGGGCCAGCUUCUCCUGUGAGCUGUCCCACGAGGAUGAGGAGGUUGAGUGGUCGCUCAACGGGAUGCCCCUGUACAACGACAGCUUCCAUGAGAUCUCGCACAAGGGCCGGCGCCACACGCUGGUACUGAAGAGCAUCCAGCGGGCUGAUGCGGGCAUAGUACGCGCCUCCUCCCUGAAGGUGUCGACCUCUGCCCGCCUGGAGGUCCGAGUGAAGCCGGUGGUGUUCCUGAAGGCGCUGGAUGACCUGUCCGCAGAGGAGCACGGCACCCUGGCCCUGCAGUGUGAAGUCUCUGACCCCGAGGCCCAUGUGGUGUGGCGCAAAGAUGGCGUGCAGCUGGGCCCCAGUGACAAGUAUGACUUCCUGCACACGGCGGGCACGCGGGGGCUCGUGGUGCAUGACGUGAGCCCUGAAGACGCUGGCCUGUACACCUGCCACGUGGGCUCCGAGGAGACCCAGGCCCGGGUCAGCGUGCACGAUCUGCACGUGGGCAUCACCAAGAGGCUGAAGACAAUGGAGGUGCUGGAAGGGGAGAGCUGCAGCUUUGAGUGCGUCCUGUCCCAUGAGAGUGCCAGCGACCCGGCCAUGUGGACAGUCGGUGGGAAGACAGUGGGCAGCUCCAGCCGCUUCCAGGCCACACGUCAGGGCCGAAAAUACAUCCUGGUGGUCCGGGAGGCUGCGCCAAGUGAUGCCGGGGAGGUGGUCUUCUCUGUGCGAGGCCUCACCUCCAAGGCCUCACUCAUUGUCAGAGAGAGGCCGGCCACCAUCAUCAAGCCCCUGGAAGACCAGUGGGUGGCGCCAGGGGAGGACGUGGAGCUGCGCUGUGAGCUGUCACGGGCGGGAACGCCUGUGCACUGGCUGAAGGACAGGAAGGCCAUCCGCAAGAGCCAGAAGUAUGAUGUGGUCUGCGAGGGCACGAUGGCCAUGCUGGUCAUCCGCGGGGCCUCGCUCAAGGACGCGGGCGAGUACACGUGUGAGGUGGAGGCUUCCAAGAGCACAGCCAGCAUCCGUGUGGAAGAAAAAGCAAACUGCUUCACAGAGGAGCUGACCAAUCUGCAGGUGGAGGAGAAAGGCACAGCUGUGUUCACGUGCAAGACGGAGCACCCCGCGGCCACAGUGACCUGGCGCAAGGGCCUCUUGGAGCUACGGGCCUCAGGGAAGCACCAGCCCAGCCAGGAGGGCCUGACCCUGCGGCUCACCAUCAGUGCCCUGGAGAAGGCAGACAGCGACACCUAUACCUGUGACAUUGGCCAGGCCCAGUCCCAGGCCCAGCUCGUAGUGCAAGGCCGGAGAGUGCACAUCAUCGAGGACCUGGAGGAUGUGGAUGUGCAGGAGGGCUCCUCGGCCACCUUCCGUUGCCGGAUCUCCCCGGCCAACUACGAGCCUGUGCACUGGUUCCUGGACAAGACACCCCUGCAUGCCAACGAGCUCAAUGAGAUCGAUGCCCAGCCCGGGGGCUACCACGUGCUGACCCUGCGGCAGCUGGCGCUCAAGGACUCGGGCACCAUCUACUUUGAGGCGGGUGACCAGCGGGCCUCGGCCGCCCUGCGGGUCACUGAGAAGCCAAGCGUCUUCUCCCGGGAGCUCACAGAUGCCACCAUCACAGAGGGUGAGGACUUGACCCUGGUGUGCGAGACCAGCACCUGCGACAUUCCUGUGUGCUGGACCAAGGAUGGGAAGACCCUGCGGGGGUCUGCCCGGUGCCAGCUGAGCCACGAGGGCCACCAGGCCCAGCUGCUCAUCACUGGGGCCACCCUGCAGGACAGCGGACGCUACAAGUGUGAGGCUGGGGGUGCCUGCAGCAGCUCCAUUGUCAGGGUGCAUGCGCGGCCAGUGCGGUUCCAGGAGGCCCUGAAGGACCUGGAGGUGCUGGAGGGUGGUGCUGCCACACUGCGCUGUGUGCUGUCAUCUGUGGCUGCGCCCGUGAAGUGGUGCUAUGGAAACAACGUCCUGAGGCCAGGUGACAAAUACAGCCUACGCCAGGAGGGUGCCGUGCUGGAGCUGGUGGUCCGGAACCUCCGGCCGCAGGACAGCGGGCGGUACUCAUGCUCCUUCGGGGACCAGACUACUUCUGCCACCCUCACAGUGACUGCCCUGCCUGCCCAGUUCAUCAGGAAACUGAGAAACAAGGAGGCCACAGAAGGGGCCACGGCCACGCUGCGGUGUGAGCUGAGCAAGGCAGCCCCUGUGGAGUGGAGAAAGGGGUCUGAGACCCUCAGAGAUGGGGACAGAUACUGUCUGAGGCAGGACGGGGCCAUGUGUGAGCUGCAGAUCCGUGGCCUGGCCAUGGUGGAUGCCGCGGAGUACUCGUGUGUGUGUGGAGAGGAGAGGACCUCGGCCUCACUCACCAUCAGGGCCAUGCCUGCCCACUUCAUAGGAAGACUGAGACAUCAAGAGAGCACAGAAGGGGCCACAGCCACACUGCGGUGUGAGCUGAGCAAGGUGGCCCCCGUGGAGUGGAGGAAGGGGCGUGAGAACCUCAGAGAUGGGGACAGACACAGCCUGAGGCAGGACGGGGCUGUGUGCGAGCUGCAGAUCUGUGGCCUGGCUGUGGCAGAUGCUGGGGAGUACUCCUGUGUGUGUGGGGAGGAGAGGACCUCUGCCACUCUCACCGUGAAGGCCCUGCCAGCCAAGUUCACAGAGGGUCUGAGGAAUGAAGAGGCCGUGGAAGGGGCCACAGCCAUGUUGUGGUGUGAACUGAGCAAGGUGGCCCCUGUGGAGUGGAGGAAGGGGCCCGAGAACCUCAGAGAUGGGGACAGAUACAUCCUGAGGCAGGAGGGGACCAGGUGUGAGCUGCAGAUCUGUGGCCUGGCUAUGGCGGACGCCGGGGAGUACUUGUGUGUGUGCGGGCAGGAGAGGACCUCAGCCACGCUCACCAUCAGGGCUCUGCCUGCCAGGUUCAUAGAAGAUGUGAAAAACCAGGAGGCCAGAGAAGGGGCCACGGCUGUGCUGCAGUGUGAGCUGAACAGUGCAGCCCCUGUGGAGUGGAGGAAGGGGUCUGAGACCCUUAGAGAUGGGGACAGAUACAGCCUGAGGCAGGACGGGACCAAAUGUGAGCUGCAGAUUCGUGGCCUGGCCAUGGCAGACACUGGGGAGUACUCGUGCGUGUGCGGGCAGGAGAGGACCUCGGCUAUGCUCACCGUCAGGGCUCUACCCAUCAAGUUCACAGAGGGUCUGAGGAACGAAGAGACCACAGAAGGGGCAACGGCCGUGCUGUGGUGUGAGCUGAGCAAGAUGGCCCCCGUGGAGUGGUGGAAGGGGCAUGAGACCCUCAGAGAUGGAGACAGACACAGCCUGAGGCAGGACGGGGCCAGGUGUGAGCUGCAGAUCCGCGGCCUCGUGGCAGAGGACGCUGGGGAGUACCUGUGCAUGUGCGGGAAGGAGAGGACCUCAGCCAUGCUCACCGUCAGGGGUAAAGGCCACAUGCAGCCAAGCAGCGCCAUGCUCUCAUGUCCACGUGUUGACUUGACGCCAUCCGUCUCUGCCCAUGCCAUGCCUUCCAAGUUCAUAGAGGGUCUGAGGAAUGAAGAGGCCACAGAAGGGGACACGGCCACACUGCGGUGUGAGCUGAGCAAGGCGGCACCGGUGGAGUGGAGGAAGGGGCAUGAGACCCUCAGAGAUGGGGACAGACACAGCCUGAGGCAGGACGGGUCCAGGUGUGAGCUGCAGAUCCGUGGCCUGGCUGUGGUGGAUGCCGGGGAGUACUCGUGUGUGUGCGGGCAGGAGAGGACCUCAGCCACACUCACUGUCAGGGCCCCGCCUGCCAGAUUCAUAGAAGAUGUGAAAAACCAGGAGGCCAGAGAAGGGGCCACGGCCGUGCUGCAAUGUGAGCUGAGCAAGGCGGCCCCCGUGGAGUGGAGGAAGGGGUCUGAGACCCUCAGAGGUGGGGACAGAUACAGCCUGAGGCAGGAUGGGACCAGAUGUGAGCUGCAGAUUCGUGGCCUGUCCGUGGCAGACACUGGGGAAUACUCGUGUGUGUGCGGGCAGGAGAGGACCUCAGCCACACUCACUGUGAGGGCCCUGCCUGCCAGAUUCAUAGAAGAUGUGAAAAACCAGGAGGCCAGAGAAGGGGCCACGGUCAUGCUGCAAUGUGAGCUGAGCAAGGCAGCCCCCGUGGAGUGGAGGAAGGGGUCUGAGACCCUCAGAGGUGGGGACAGAUACAGCCUGAGGCAGGAUGGAACCAGAUGUGAGCUGCAGAUUCGUGGCCUGUCCGUGGCAGACACUGGGGAGUACUCGUGUGUGUGCGGGCAGGAGAGGACCUCGGCCACACUCAUCAUCAGGGCCCUGCCUGCACGAUUCACUCAAGAUCUGAAGACCAAGGAGGCCUCAGAAGGGGCCACAGCUACACUGCAGUGUGAGCUGAGCAAGGUAGCCCCUGUGGAAUGGAAGAAGGGUCCUGAGACCCUCAGAGAUGGGGGCAGAUACAGCCUGAAGCAGGAUGGGAUGAGGUGUGAGCUGCAGAUCCAUGACCUGUCUGUGGCAGAUGCUGGGGAAUACUCAUGCAUGUGUGGACAAGAGAGGACCUCGGCCACGCUCACCGUCAGGGCCCUGCCUGCCAGGUUCACAGAGGGUCUGAGGAAUGAAGAGGCCAUGGAAGGGGCCACAGCCACACUGCAAUGUGAGCUGAGCAAGGCAGCCCCUGUGGAGUGGAGGAAAGGCCUUGAGGCUCUCAGAGAUGGGGACAAAUACAGCCUGAGACAAGAUGGGGCUGUGUGUGAGCUGCAGAUUCAUGGCCUGGCUAUGGCAGAUAACGGGGUGUACUCAUGUGUGUGUGGGCAGGAGAGGACCUCAGCUACACUCACUGUCAGGGCCCUGCCUGCCAGAUUCAUAGAGGAUAUGAGAAACCAGAAGGCCACAGAAGGGGCUACAGUCACACUGCAAUGUAAGCUGAGAAAGGCGGCCCCCGUGGAGUGGAGAAAGGGGCCCAACACCCUCAAAGAUGGGGACAGGUACAGCCUGAAGCAGGAUGGGACCAGUUGUGAGCUGCAGAUUCGUGGCCUGGUCAUAGCAGAUGCUGGAGAAUACUCGUGCAUAUGUGAGCAGGAGAGGACCUCGGCCACGCUCACUGUCAGGGCCCUGCCGGCCAGAUUCAUAGAAGAUGUGAGAAAUCACGAGGCCACAGAAGGGGCCACCGCUGUGCUGCAGUGUAAGCUGAGCAAGGCGGCCCCCGUGGAGUGGCGGAAGGGGUCUGAGACCCUCAGAGAUGGGGACAGAUAUAGCCUGAGGCAGGACGGGACGAAGUGUGAGCUGCAGAUUCGUGGCCUGGCUGUGGAGGACACUGGAGAGUAUUUGUGUGUGUGCGGGCAGGAGAGAACCUCAGCUACACUCACUGUCAGGGCCCUGCUAGCCAGAUUCAUAGACAACAUGACAAACCAGGAGGCCAGAGAAGGGGCCACGGCCACACUGCACUGUGAACUGAGCAAGGUGGCCCCUGUGGAGUGGAGGAAGGGACCUGAAACCCUCCGAGAUGGGGACAGACACAGCCUGAGGCAGGAUGGGACCAGGUGUGAGCUGCAGAUUCGUGGCCUGUCUGUGGCAGAUGCUGGGGAGUACUCGUGCGUGUGUGGGCAGGAGAGGUCCUCAGCCACACUCACGAUCAGGGCCCUGCCUGCCAAGUUCACAAAGGGUCUGAGGAAUGAAGAGGCCACAGAAGGGGCCACGGCUAUGUUGCAGUGUGAGCUGAGCAAGGUGGCCCCUGUUGAGUGGAGGAAGGGACCUGAAACCCUCAGAGAUGGGGACAGAUACAACCUGAGGCAGGAUGGGACCAGAUGUGAGCUGCAGAUUCAUGGCCUGUCCGUGGCAGACACUGGGGAGUACUCAUGUGUAUGUGGUCAGGAGAAGACGUCGGCCACUCUCACUGUCAAGGCCCCACAGCCAGUGUUCCGGGAGCCGCUGCAGAGUCUGCAGGCGGAGGAGGGCUCCACGGCCACCCUGCAGUGUGAGCUGUCUGAGCCCACUGCUACAGUGGUCUGGAGCAAGGGUGGCCUGCAGCUGCAGGCCAAUGGGCGCCGGGAGCCACGGCUUCAGGGCUGCACCGCGGAGCUGGUGUUACGGGACCUACAACGUGAAGACACUGGCGAAUACACUUGCACCUGUGGCUCCCAGGCCACCAGUGCCACCCUCACUGUCACAGCUGCGCCUGUGCGGUUCCUCCGAGAGCUGCAGCCCCAGGAGGUGGAUGAGGGAGGCACCGCACACUUACGCUGCGAGCUGAGCCGGGUGGGUGCGAGCGUGGAGUGGCGCAAGGGCUCCCUACAGCUCUUCCCUUGUGCCAAGUACCAGAUGGUGCAGGAUGGUGCAGCUGCAGAGCUGCUGGUAUGCGGAGUGGAGCAGGAGGAUGCGGGUGACUACACGUGCGACACAGGCCACACGCAGAGCAUGGCCAGCCUCUCUGUCCGUGUCCCCAGGCCCAAGUUCAAGACCCGGCUUCAGAGUCUGGAGCAGGAGACAGGUGACAUAGCCCGGCUGUGCUGUCAGCUGAGUGAUGCAGAGUCGGGGGCCAUGGUGCAAUGGCUCAAGGAGGGCGUGGAGCUGCAUGCGGGCCCCAAGUACGAGAUGCGGAGCCAGGGGGCCACACGGGAGCUGCUGAUCCACCAACUGGAGGCCAAGGACACGGGCGAGUAUGCCUGUGUGACAGGCGGCCAGAAAACCGCUGCCUCCCUCAGGGUCACAGAGCCUGAGGUGACCAUUGUACGGGGGCUGGUUGAUUCGGAGGUGACGGCCGAUGAGGAUGUUGAAUUCAGCUGUGAGGUGUCCAGGGCUGGAGCCACAGGCAUGCAGUGGUGCCUACAGGGCCUGCCACUGCAAAGCAAUGAGGUGACAGAGGUGGCUGUGCGGGAUGGCCGCAUCCACACCCUGCGGCUGAAGGGCGUGACGCCCGAGGACGCUGGCACUGUCUCCUUCCAUUUGGGAAACCAUGCUUCCUCUGCCCAGCUCACCGUCAGAGGUAGCCACAGGCGGGCCCCACCAGUGACUGCAUGGGCUCCUGAGGUGACCAUCCUGGAGCCCCUGCAGGACGUGCAGCUCAGUGAGGGCCAGGAUGCCAGCUUCCAGUGCCGGCUAUCCAGAGCUUCAGGCCAGGAGGCCCGCUGGGCUUUAGGAGGGGUGCCCCUGCAGGCCAACGAGAUGAAUGACAUCACCGUGGAGCAGGGUACACUCCACCUGCUCACCCUGCACAAGGUGACCCUUGAGGAUGCUGGAACUGUCAGUUUCCACGUGGGCACGUGUAGCUCUGAGGCCCAGCUGAAAGUCACAGAUCCCGUGGUGGAGGUGGUCAGUGCCAUGCAGGACUUGGCCGUGGAGGAGGGUGGCUCGGCUGAGCUCCUCUGCCAGUAUUCACGGCCCGUGCAGGCCACGUGGAAGAUGGACGAGCGGGAGGUGCGCACGGAUGGGCACCGUGUCAUCAUAGAGCAGGACUGGAACGUGGCCAGGCUGACCUUCAGGCCGGCCUUGCCCUGUGACAGUGGCAUCUAUUCUUGUGAGGCUGCGGGCACCCGCGUAGUGGCCCUGCUGCAAGUGCAAGCCAAGAACACGGUGGUGCGGGGGCUGGAGAACGUGGAGGCGCUGGAGGGCGGCGAGGCGCUGUUCGAGUGCCAGCUGUCCCAGCCCGAGGUGGCCGCCCACACCUGGCUGCUGGACGACGAACCCGUGCGCACCUCGGAGAACGCCGAGGUGGUCUUCUUCGAGAACGGCCUGCGCCACCUGCUGCUGCUCAAAAACUUGCGGCCACAAGACAGCUGCCGGGUGACCUUCCUGGCUGGGGAUAUGGUGACGUCCGCAUUCCUCACGGUCCGAGGCUGGCGCCUGGAGAUCCUGGAGCCUCUGAAAAACGCGGCGGUCCGGGCCGGCGCAGAGGCCCGCUUCACCUGCACGCUCAGCGAGGCGGUGCCCGUGGGAGAGGCGUCCUGGUACAUCAAUGGCGCGGCAGUGCAGCCGGAUGACAGCGACUGGACUGUCACCGCCGACGGCAGUCACCACGCCCUACUGCUGCGCAGCGCCCAGCCCCACCACGCCGGGGAGGUCACCUUCGCUUGCCGCGACGCCGUGGCCUCUGCGCGGCUCACCGUGCUGGGCCUCCCUGAUCCCCCAGAGGAUGCUGAGGUGGUGGCUCGCAGCAGCCACACUGUGACACUGUCUUGGGCAGCUCCCAUGAGUGAUGGAGGUGGUGGUCUCUGUGGCUACCGUGUGGAGGUGAAGGAGGGGGCCACAGGCCAGUGGCGGCUGUGCCACGAGCUGGUGCCUGGACCCGAGUGUGUGGUGGAUGGCCUGGCCCCCGGGGAGACCUACCGCUUCCGUGUGGCAGCUGUGGGCCCUGUGGGUGCUGGGGAACCGGUUCACCUGCCCCAGACAGUGCGGCUUGCAGAGCCACCGAAGCCUGUGCCUCCCCAGCCCUCAGCCCCUGAGAGCCGGCAGGUGGCAGCUGGUGAGGAUGUCCGUCUGGAGCUUGAGGUGGUGGCUGAGGCUGGCGAGGUCAUCUGGCAUGAGGGAACGGAGCGCAUCCAGCCCGGUGGGCGGUUCGAGGUGGUCCCCCAGGGUCGGCAACAGAUGCUGGUGAUCAAGGGCUUCACGGCAGAAGACCAGGGCGAGUACCACUGUGGCCUGGCUCAGGGCUCCAUCUGCCCUACGGCUGCCACCUUCCAGGUGGCACUGAGCCCAGCCUCUGUGGAUGAGGCCCCUCCUCAGCCCAGCUUGCCCCCCGAGGCAGCCCAGGAGGGUGACCUGCACCUACUGUGGGAGGCCCUGGCUCGGAAACGUCGCAUGAGCCGUGAGCCCACGCUGGACUCCAUUAGCGAGCUGCCAGAGGAGGAUGGCCGCUCGCAGCGCCUGCCACAGGAGGCAGAGGAGGUGGCACCUGAUCUCUCUGAAGGCUACUCCACGGCCGAUGAGCUGGCCCGCACUGGAGAUGCUGACCUCUCACACACCAGCUCUGAUGAUGAGUCCCGGGCAGGCACCCCUUCCCUGGUCACCUACCUCAAGAAGGCUGGGAGGCCAGGCACCUCACCGCUGGCCAGCAAGGUUGGGGCCCCAGCAGCCCCCUCUGUGAAGCCACAGCAGCAGCAGGAGCCACUGGCUGCUGUGCGCCCACCACUGGGAGACCUGAGCACCAAAGACCUGGGUGAUCCCUCAAUGGACAAGGCAGCUGUGAAGAUCCAGGCUGCCUUUAAGGGCUACAAGGUCCGGAAGGAGAUGAAGCAGCAGGAAGGGCCCAUGUUCUCCCACACAUUUGGGGACACCGAGGCACAGGUGGGGGAUGCCCUGCGGCUGGAGUGUGUCGUGGCCAGCAAGGCAGAUGUGCGAGCCCGCUGGCUGAAGGAUGGUGUGGAGCUGACCGAUGGGCGGCACCAUCACAUCGACCAGCUUGGGGAUGGCACCUGCUCUCUGCUGAUCACUGGCCUGGGCCGUGCUGAUGCUGGCUGCUACACCUGUCAGGUGAGCAACAAGUUUGGCCAGGUGGCCCACAGUGCCUGUGUGGUGGUCAGUGGGUCAGAGAGUGAAGCUGAGAGCUCCUCUGGGGGUGAGCUGGACGAUGCCUUCCGCCGGGCUGCCCGGCGGCUGCACCGGCUCUUCCGCACCAAAAGUCCGGCUGAAGUUUCAGAUGAGGAGCUCUUCCUGAGUGCAGACGAGGGCCCUGCAGAGCCAGAGGAGCCCGCGGACUGGCAGACAUACCGCGAAGAUGAGCAUUUCAUCUGCAUCCGUUUUGAGGCGCUCACUGAGGCCCGCCAGGCGGUAACUCGCUUCCAGGAGAUGUUUGCCACACUGGGCAUUGGGGUGGAGAUCAAGCUGGUGGAACAGGGGCCUCGGAGGGUAGAGAUGCGCAUCAGCAAAGAGACCCCUGCCCCUGUGGUGCCUCCAGAGCCAUUGCCCAGCCUACUGACUUCUGACGCUGCCCCAGUGUUCCUGACUGAGUUGCAGAACCAAGAAGUGCAGGAUGGGUAUCCUGUGAGCUUUGACUGCGUGGUGACAGGUCAGCCCAUGCCCAGUGUGUGCUGGUUCAAGGAUGGGAAGUUGUUGGAGGAGGAUGAUCACUACAUGAUUAAUGAAGACCAACAGGGUAGCCAUCAGCUCAUCAUCACAGCCGUGGUGCCAGCAGACAUGGGUGUCUACCGCUGCCUGGCCGAGAACAGCAUGGGUGUCUCCUCCACCAAGGCUGAGCUCCGUGUGGACUUGACAAGCACAGACUAUGACACUGCAGCAGAUGCCACGGAGUCCUCAUCCUACUUCAGUGCCCAAGGCUACCUGUCCAGCCGGGAGCAGGAGGGAACAGAGUCCACCACUGACGAGGGCCAGCUGCCCCAGGUGGUGGAGGAGCUGAGAGACCUCCAGGUGGCCCCUGGCACACGCCUGGCCAAGUUCCAGCUCAAGGUGAAAGGCUACCCUGCUCCCAGAUUAUACUGGUUCAAAGAUGGCCAGCCCCUGACCGCAUCUGCCCACAUCCGCAUGACUGACAAGAAGAUCCUGCACACCCUGGAGAUCAUCUCCGUCACCCGGGAGGACUCUGGCCAGUAUGCAGCCUACAUCAGCAAUGCCAUGGGUGCUGCUUACUCAUCUGCCCGGCUGCUAGUUCGAGGCCCUGAUGAGCCAGAAGAGAAGCCUGCAUCAGAUGUGCAUGAGCAGCUGGUGCCGCCCCGAAUGCUGGAGAGGUUCACCCCCAAGAAAGUGAAGAAAGGCUCCAGCAUCACCUUCUCUGUGAAGGUAGAAGGACGCCCGGUGCCCACCGUGCACUGGCUCAGGGAGGAGGCUGAGAGAGGCGUGCUGUGGAUUGGCCCUGACACACCGGGCUACACCGUGGCCAGCUCUGCGCAGCAGCACAGCCUGGUCCUGCUGGACGUGGGCCGGCAGCACCAGGGCACCUACACAUGCAUUGCCAGCAACGCUGCCGGCCAGGCCCUCUGCUCCGCCAGCCUGCACGUCUCGGGCCUGCCUAAGGUGGAGGAGCAGGAGAAAGUGAAGGAAGCGCUGAUUUCCACUUUCCUGCAGGGGACCACACAAGCCAUCUCAGCACAGGGGUUGGAAACUGCGAGUUUUGCUGACCUUGGUGGGCAGAGGAAAGAAGAGCCUCUGGCUGCCAAGGAGGCCCUCGGCCACCUGUCCCUCGCUGAGGUGGGCACAGAGGAGUUCCUGCAGAAACUGACCUCCCAGAUCACUGAGAUGGUAUCGGCCAAGAUCACGCAGGCCAAGCUGCAGGUGCCUGGAGGUGACAGCGAUGAGGACUCCAAGACGCCAUCUGCAUCCCCCCGCCAUGGCCGAUCACGGCCAUCCUCCAGCAUCCAGGAGUCUUCCUCAGAGUCAGAGGAUGGCGAUGCCCGAGGCGAGAUCUUUGACAUCUACGUGGUCACUGCUGACUACCUGCCCCUAGGGGCUGAGCAGGAUGCCAUCGCGCUGCGGGAAGGCCAGUAUGUGGAGGUUCUGGAUGCAGCCCACCCACUGCGCUGGCUUGUCCGCACCAAGCCCACCAAGUCCAGCCCCUCACGGCAGGGCUGGGUGUCACCAGCCUACCUGGACAGGAGGCUCAAGCUGUCACCUGAGUGGGGGGCCGCCGAGGCCCCUGAGUUCCCUGGGGAGGCUGUGUCUGAAGACGAAUACAAGUCAAGGCUGAGCUCUGUGAUCCAGGAGCUGCUGAGUUCUGAGCAGGCCUUCGUGGAGGAGCUGCAGUUCCUGCAGAGCCACCACCUGCAGCACCUGGAGCGCUGCCCCCACGUGCCCGCAGCCGUGGCCGGCCAGAAGGCAGUCAUCUUCCGCAAUGUGCGGGACAUCGGCCGCUUCCACAGCAGCAGCUUCCUGCAGGAGCUGCAGCAGUGCGACACGGACGACGACGUGGCCAUGUGCUUCAUCAAGAACCAGGCGGCCUUUGAGCAGUACCUGGAGUUCCUGGUGGGGCGUGUGCAGGCUGAGUCGGUGGUCGUCAGCACGGCCAUCCAGGAGUUCUACAAGAAAUACGCGGAGGAGGCCCUGUUGGCAGGGGACCCCUCUCAGCCCCCGCCACCACCUCUGCAGCACUACCUGGAGCAGCCAGUGGAGCGGGUGCAGCGCUACCAGGCCUUGCUGAAGGAGCUGAUCCGCAACAAGGCGCGGAACAGACAGAACUGCGCGCUGCUGGAGCAGGCCUAUGCCGUGGUGUCUGCCCUGCCACAGCGCGCUGAGAACAAGCUGCACGUGUCCCUCAUGGAGAACUACCCAGGCACCCUGGAGGCCCUGGGCGAGCCCAUCCGCCAGGGCCACUUCAUCGUGUGGGAGGGUGCACCGGGGGCCCGCAUGCCCUGGAAGGGCCACAACCGUCAUGUGUUCCUCUUCCGCAACCACCUGGUAAUCUGCAAGCCCCGGCGAGACUCCCGCACCGAUACCUUCAGCUACGUGUUCCGGAACAUGAUGAAGCUGAGCAGCAUUGACCUGAACGACCAGGUGGAGGGGGAUGACCGCGCCUUCGAGGUGUGGCAGGAGCGGGAGGACUCGGUGCGCAAGUACCUGCUGCAGGCACGGACAGCCAUUAUCAAGAGCUCGUGGGUGAAGGAGAUCUGCGGCAUCCAGCAGCGUCUGGCCCUGCCUGUGUGGCGGCCCCCGGACUUUGAAGAGGAGCUGGCCGACUGCACAGCCGAGCUGGGCGAGACAGUCAAGCUGGCCUGCCGUGUGACGGGCACACCCAAGCCUGUCAUCAGCUGGUACAAAGAUGGGAAACCAGUGCAGGUGGACCCCCACCACAUCCUCAUUGAAGACCCUGAUGGCUCAUGUGCCCUCAUCCUGGACAGCCUGACCGGUGUGGACUCUGGCCAGUACAUGUGCUUCGCGGCCAGCGCCGCUGGCAACUGCAGUACCCUGGGCAAGAUCCUGGUGCAAGUCCCACCACGGUUCGUGAACAAGGUCCGGGCCUCACCCUUUGUGGAGGGAGAGGACGCCCAGUUCACCUGCACCAUCGAAGGCACCCCGUACCCACAGAUCAGGUGGUACAAGGACGGGGCCCUGCUGACCACUGGCAACAAGUUCCAGACACUGAGUGAGCCUCGCAGCGGCCUGCUAGUGCUGGUGAUCCGGGCGGCCGGCAAGGAGGACCUGGGGCUCUACGAGUGUGAGCUGGUGAACCGGCUGGGCUCCGCGCGGGCUAGUGCGGAGCUGCACAUUCAGAGCCCCACGCUGCAGUCCCGGGAGCAGUGUCACAGGGAGCAGCUCGUGGCUGCAGUGGAAGACACCACCCUGGAGCGAGCGAACCAGGAGAUCACAUCUGUCCUGAAGAGACUGCUGGGCCCCAAGGCGCCAGGCCCCUCCACAGGGGACCUCACUGGCCCCGGCCCCUGCCCCAGGGGGGCACCCGCACUCCAGGAAACCGGCUCCCAGUCCCCAGUCACCGGAACUUCAGAGGCACCUGCAGCCGUGCCCCCGAGGGUGCCACAGCCCCUCCUCCAUGAAGGCCCAGAGCAGGAGCCGGAGGCCAUUGCCAGAGCCCAGGAAUGGACUGUGCCCAUUCGGAUGGAGGGUGCAGCCUGGCCCGGGGCAGGCACAGGGGAGCUGCUCUGGGACAUCCACAGCCACAUGGUCACGGAGACCACACAGAGGACCUACACAUACCAGGCCAUCGACACGCACACCGCACGGCCCCCAUCCAUGCAGGUAACCAUCGAGGAUGUGCAGGCACAGACAGGCGGAACGGCCCAAUUCGAGGCUAUCAUUGAGGGCGACCCACAGCCCUCAGUGACCUGGUACAAGGACAGCGUCCAGCUGGUGGACAGCACUCGGCUUAGCCAGCAGCAAGAAGGCACCACAUACUCUCUGGUGCUGAGGCAUGUGGCCUCGAAGGAUGCCGGCGUUUACACCUGCCUGGCCCAAAACGCUGGUGGCCAGGUGCUCUGCAAGGCAGAGCUGCUGGUGCUUGGGGGGGACAAUGAGCCGGACUCAGAGAAGCAAAGCCACCGGAGGAAGCUGCACUCCUUCUAUGAGGUCAAGGAGGAGAUUGGAAGGGGCGUGUUUGGCUUCGUGAAAAGAGUGCAGCACAAAGGAAACAAGAUCUUGUGUGCUGCCAAGUUCAUCCCCCUACGGAGCAGAACUCGGGCCCAGGCGUACAGGGAGCGAGACAUCCUGGCCGCGCUGAGCCACCCGCUGCUCACGGGGCUGCUGGACCAGUUUGAGACCCGCAAGACCCUCAUCCUCAUCCUGGAGCUGUGCUCAUCCGAGGAGCUGCUGGACCGCCUGUUCAGGAAGGGCGUGGUGACGGAGGCCGAGGUCAAGGUCUACAUCCAGCAGCUGGUGGAGGGGCUGCACUACCUGCACAGCCAUGGCGUUCUCCACCUGGACAUAAAGCCCUCUAACAUCCUGAUGGUGCAUCCUGCCCGGGAAGACAUUAAAAUCUGCGACUUCGGCUUUGCCCAGAACAUCACCCCAGCAGAGCUGCAGUUCAGCCAGUACGGCUCCCCUGAGUUCGUCUCCCCCGAGAUCAUCCAGCAGAACCCUGUGAGCGAAGCCUCCGACAUUUGGGCCAUGGGUGUCAUCUCCUACCUCAGCCUGACCUGCUCAUCCCCAUUUGCCGGCGAGAGUGACCGUGCCACCCUCCUGAACGUCCUGGAGGGGCGCGUGUCAUGGAGCAGCCCCAUGGCUGCCCACCUCAGCGAAGACGCCAAAGACUUCAUCAAGGCUACGCUGCAGAGAGCCCCUCAGGCCCGGCCUAGUGCGGCCCAGUGCCUCUCCCACCCCUGGUUCCUGAAAUCCAUGCCUGCGGAGGAGGCCCACUUCAUCAACACCAAGCAGCUCAAGUUCCUCCUGGCCCGAAGUCGCUGGCAGCGUUCCCUGAUGAGCUACAAGUCCAUCCUGGUGAUGCGCUCCAUCCCUGAGCUGCUGCGGGGCCCACCCGACAGCCCCUCCCUCGGCGUGGCCCGGCACCUCUGCAGGGACACUGGUGGCUCCUCCAGUUCCUCCUCCUCCUCUGACAAUGAGCUCGCCCCAUUUGCCCGGGCUAAGUCACUGCCACCCUCCCCGGUGACACACUCACCACUGCUGCACCCCCGGGGCUUCCUGCGGCCCUCGGCCAGCCUGCCUGAGGAGGCUGAAGCCAGUGAGCGCUCCACCGAGGCCCCAGCUCCGCCUGCAUCUCCCGAGGGUGCCGGGCCACCGGCCGCCCAGGGCUGUGUGCCCCGGCACAGCGUCAUCCGCAGCCUGUUCUACCAGCAGGCGGGUGAGAGCCCUGAGCACGGGGCCCUGGCCCCGGGGAGCAGGCGGCACCCGGCCCGGCGGCAGCACCUGCUGAAGGGUGGGUACAUUGCGGGGGCGCUGCCAGGCCUGCGUGAGCCACUGGUGGAGCACCGUGUGCUGGAGGAGGAGGCCGCCAGGGAGGAGCAGGCCACCCUCCUGGCCAAAGCCCCCUCCUUCGAGACUGCCCUCCGGCUGCCUGCCUCUGGCACCCACUUGGCCCCUGGCCACAGCCACUCCCUGGAACAUGACUCUCUGAGCACCCCCCGCCCCUCCCCGGAGGCCUGCGGUGAGGCACAGAGACUGCCUUCAGCCCCCUCCGGGGGGCCCCCUAUCAGGGACAUGGGGCACCCUCAGGGCUCCAAGCAGCUUCCAUCCACUGGUGGCCACCCAGGCACUGCUCAGCCAGAGAGGCCAUCCCCGGACAGCCCUUGGGGGCAGCCAGCCCCUUUCUGCCACCCCAAGCAGGGUUCUGCCCCCCAGGAGGGCUGCAGCCCCCACCCAGCAGUUGCCCCAUGCCCUCCUGGCUCCUUCCCUCCAGGAUCUUGCAAAGAGGCCCCCUUAGUACCCUCAAGCCCCUUCUUGGGACAGCCCCAGGCACCCCCUGCCCCUGCCAAAGCAAGCCCCCCAUUGGACUCUAAGAUGGGGCCUGGAGACAUCUCUCUUCCCGGGAGGCCAAAACCCGGCCCCUGCAGUUCCCCAGGGUCAGCCUCCCAGGCGAGCUCUUCCCAAGUGAGCUCCCUCAGGGUGGGCUCCUCCCAGGUGGGCACAGAGCCUGGCCCCUCCCUGGACGCUGAGGGCUGGUCCCAGGAGGCUGAGGAUCUGUCCGACUCCACACCCACCUUGCAGCGGCCUCAGGAACAGGCCACCACGCGGAAGUUCUCCCUGGGUUGUCGCGGGGGCUACGCAGGCGUGGCUGGCUAUGGCACCUUUGCCUUUGGUGGAGAUGCAGGGGGCAUGCUGGGGCAGGGGCCCAUGUGGGCCAGGAUAGCCUGGGCUGUGUCCCAGUCAGAGGAGGAGGAGCAGGAGGAGGCCAGGGCUGAGAGCCCACUGCCCCAGGUCAGUGCAAGGCCUGUGCCUGAGGUCAGCAGGGCUCCCGCCAGGAGCUCUCCAGAGCCCACCCCAUGGGAGGACAUCGGGCAGGUCUCCCUGGUGCAGAUCCGGGACCUGUCAGGUGAUGAGGAGGCGGCCGACACAAUAUCCCUGGACAUUUCCGAGGUGGACCCCGCCUACCUCAACCUCUCAGACCUGUACGAUAUCAAGUACCUCCCAUUCGAGUUUAUGAUCUUCAGGAAAGUCCCGAAGUCUGCUCAGCCAGAGCCGCCCUCCCCCAUGGCUGAGGAGGAGCUGGCCGAGUUCCCGGAGUCCACGUGGCCCUGGCCAGGUGAACUGGGCCCGCACGCAGGCCUGGAGAUCACAGAGGAGCCAGAGGACGUGGACGCGCUGCUGGCGGAGGCUGCCGUGGGCAGGAAGCGCAAGUGGUCCUCGCCGUCACGCAGACUCUUCCACUUCCCUGGGAGGCACCUGCCACUGGACGAGCCUGCAGAGCUGGGGCUGCGUGAGAGAGUGAAGGCCUCCGUGGAGCACAUCUCCCGGAUCCUGAAGGGCAGGCCGGAAGGUCUGGAGAAGGAGGGGCCCCCCAGGAAGAAGCCAGGCCUUGCUUCCUUCCGGCUCUCAGGUCUGAAGAGCUGGGACCGAGCGCCGACAUUCCUAAGGGAGCUCUCAGAUGAGACUGUGGUCCUGGGCCAGUCAGUGACGCUGGCCUGCCAAGUGUCAGCCCAGCCAGCUGCCCAGGCCACCUGGAGCAAAGACGGAGCCCCCCUGGAGAGCAGCAGCCGUGUCCUCAUCUCUGCCACCCUCAAGAACUUCCAGCUUCUGACCAUCCUGGUGGUGGUGGCUGAGGACCUGGGUGUGUACACCUGCAGCGUGAGCAAUGCGCUGGGGACAGCGACCACCACGGGCGUCCUCCGGAAGGCAGAGCGCCCCUCAUCUUCGCCAUGCCCGGAUAUUGGGGAGGUGUAUGCAGAUGGGGUGCUGCUGGUCUGGAAGCCCGUGGAAUCCUACGGCCCUGUGACCUACAUUGUGCAGUGCAGCCUAGAAGGCGGCAGCUGGACCACACUGGCCUCCGACAUCUUUGACUGCUGCUACCUGACCAGCAAGCUCUCCCGGGGUGGCACCUACACCUUCCGCACGGCAUGUGUCAGCAAGGCAGGAAUGGGUCCCUACAGCAGCCCCUCGAAGCAAGUCCUCCUGGGAGGGCCGAGCCACCUGGCCUCUGAGGAGGAGAGCCAGGGGCAGUCAGCCCAACCCCUGCCCAGCACAAAGACCUUCGCAUUCCAGACACAGAUCCGGAGGGGCCGCUUCAGCGUGGUGCGGCAGUGCUGGGAGAAGGCCAGCGGGCGGGCGCUGGCCGCCAAGAUCAUCCCCUACCACCCCAAGGACAAGACAGCAGUGCUGCGCGAAUACGAGGCCCUCAAGGGCCUGCGCCACCCGCACCUGGCCCAGCUGCACGCAGCCUACCUCAGCCCCCGGCACCUGGUGCUCAUCUUGGAGCUGUGCUCUGGGCCCGAGCUGCUCCCCUGCCUGGCCGAGAGGGCCUCCUACUCAGAAUCCGAGGUGAAGGACUACCUGUGGCAGAUGCUGAGCGCCACCCAGUACCUGCACAACCAGCACAUCCUGCACCUGGACCUGAGGUCUGAGAACAUGAUCAUCACCGAAUACAACCUGCUCAAGGUUGUGGACCUGGGCAAUGCACAGAGCCUCAGCCAGGAGAAGGUGCUGCCCUCAGAGAAGUUCAAGGACUACCUAGAGACCAUGGCUCCAGAGCUCCUGGAGGGCCAGGGGGCUGUUCCACAGACAGACAUCUGGUCCAUCGGUGUGACAGCCUUCAUCAUGCUGAGCGCCGAGUACCCGGUGAGCAGCGAGGGUGCACGCGACCUGCAGAGAGGACUGCGCAAGGGGCUGGUCCGGCUGAGCCGCUGCUACGCCGGGCUGUCCGGGGGCGCCGUGGCCUUCCUGCGCAGCACUCUGUGCGCCCAGCCCUGGGGCCGGCCCUGCGCGUCCAGCUGCCUGCAGUGCCCGUGGCUAACAGAGGAGGGCCCGGCCUGUUCGCGGCCCGCGCCCGUGACCUUCCCUACAGCGCGGCUGCGCGUCUUCGUGCGCAAUCGCGAGAAGAGGCGCGCGCUGCUGUACAAGAGGCACAACCUGGCCCAGGUGCGCUGAGGGUCGCCCUGGCCGCACCCCUCGGUCUCCCCGCUGGGGGUCGCUGCAGACGCGCCAAUAAAAACGCACAGCCGGGCGAGAAGUC